CACUUCAACAAGUGUAUGAAAAAAAAAUCGAAAUGAAGCCGAAGAAAAAGAUUUUGUAAUGAAUUAUAUAUCUGGCCGUGAUUAUAGAUUUCUAGAAUGGAGUAAAUGAAGAAAGGCCCAAUGUAAAUAUUAUCUGUAAACGCCACCGUUUCAUCUCGCAGAUUAAAUUUCUAACGAGAGUCAUGUCUCCGUCAACGGCGGCGAAUUUCGUCGGCUCCAUCUUAGCGGUUGACGCCGCCGUCUCUAGCGCGAUUCACACGGCGGCGAAGCCAUUUCUCCCGCCGUUCAUCCUCCUUCUCCUGGAAAUCUCCGCCGAUUUCCGAUUCUCCUUCCCGGUCUCCCUGUCCCUCCUCCUCUCCCCUCCAUUGCGCCCUUUCCUCAUCCCCUUCCUCCUCGGCCUCCUCCUCGAUCUAAUCUUCGUCGGAAUCGUCAAGAUGAUCUUCCGCCGCGCUCGUCCCGCUUACAAUCACCCCUCGAUGUCAGCAGCGGUAUCAGCCGAUCACUACUCGUUUCCCUCGGGGCACGCGUCUCGCGUCUUCUUCGUCGCCGCGUCGGUUCACUUCUUCACUUAUUCGUCUCCCAUGGUUUCUCCGAGCUACUCUUUCUUAGACGGAUGGGUGAGGGAUCGUGGAGACGGAGCUGUGAAAGGAGAGGUUGUGGUGGGUGUGUGGAUCUGGGCUACGGUGACCGCUGUGUCGAGGAUUCUGUUAGGGAGACAUUACGUGCUCGACGUAGCUGCUGGUGCUUGCUUGGGUGUUCUUGAAGCUCUCUUCGCUCUUCGGUUUCUGAGAUUCGAUCAGAUCUUUGGGUGGUGGUAAGAACUAUGUUAUUGUUAUUGAUGUAAUGUUUGUGACAUCAAAUUUAGUAUUUUUCGAUUACAUUGAUAAAACAAUGGUUAAUUUUUAUGUUUCUUGAAUUCAAAGUUUGUGUCUUUUGAUCUGUUACCUCAUGAAAAAUGCUUGUUCA